AGGAAAAGCAUGCAAACAUUCGGCCUUUUGGGCCAACGAAGAUUCAUUCAGGCAAUACGUCGAACAAUUUCAAUCACCUCUUCAUUUUCCAACCAAACAGCUACUGGUUUCAAUUUUCUUUGCACCCAACCAACCAAUGACGUCCCGGAGAAAAGUUUUGAGGAAAAACAACAACAACAAACCAAGUGCUUGUCUUUAAGAAUUGAAAGGCUACCAAGAGGCGAACCAAUUGGGUCCGCAUUUCAAAGCUGGAUGGGUGAGGGUUUUCCCAUACACAGAGGGGACAUUUUUCACGCUAUUAAUCGUCUGAGAAAGCUUAAACUGAACAAACGGGCUCUUGAGGUGAUGGAAUGGGUGAUCAGAGAGAGACCCUAUAUGCCUAAAGAAUUAGACUACUCUUAUCUGUUGGAAUUCACUAUUAAACUUCACGGGAUAUCACAGGGUGAGAAGCUCUUUUGCUGUGUACCGUCGGAUUUUCAGAAUGAGUUGCUUUAUAACAAUCUUGUUAUCGCUUGCUUGGACAAAGGCGUGAUAAAGCUGUCUCUUGCAUACAUGAAGAAAAUGAGGGAAUUGGGUUAUUCCAUAUCAUAUUUGGUCUUCAACCGUCUAAUAAUCCUCCACUCAUCUCCAGGCCGGAGGAAAACCAUCCCGAAAAUUCUCACGCAAAUGAAGGCUGAUAAGGUGUUGCCACAUGUGUCCACCUACAACAUUCUAAUGAAAAUUGAAGCUAAUGACCAUAAUAUUGAAGGGUUGGUGAAGGUUUUUGGUGAUAUGAAGCAUAAAAAGGUUGAACCAAGUGAAGUAUCUUAUUGCAUAUUGGCUACUGCACAUGCAGUGGCAAGGUUGUACACUGUGGCUGAAGCCUAUAUUGAAGCAGUGGAGAAGUCUAUGACAGGGAAUAAUUGGUCAACCCUGGAUGUUCUUAUCAUAUUGUACGGAUAUAUGGGGAAAGGAGAGGAUCUAGAGAGGAUUUGGGGCAUUGUGAGAGAACUCCCUAAUGUUCGGUCUAAAAGUUACAUAUUGGCAAUUGAAGCAUUUGGUAGAAUGGCACAGCUAAAUCGGGCUGAAGAGCUUUGGUUAGAAAUGAAGACAAUGAAAAAGUUGAAAGCAACUGAGCAGUUCAAUUCCAUGAUAUCAGUAUAUUGCAAACAUGGGUUAGUAGAUAAAGCCUAUGGGCUUCUCAAGGAAAUUGAGUUGAAUGGGUGCAAGCCAAAUUCCAUAACUUAUCGACAUCUUGCUUUGGGUUGCUUCAAAGUAGAUAUAUUCAAGGAAGGGAUGAAGACUCUGGGAUUGGGAAUGGAAUUGACAACAAGCAAAAAGGUCAGGAAUUCAACUCCAUGGUUGGAGACCACUCUUUCAAUAAUUGAGAUUUUUGCAGAGAGGGGUGAUGUUGGGAAUGCUGAGAAGUUAUUUGAUGAACUUAAGAAAGCUAAUUAUACCAGGUAUACUUUUGUGUACAAUACUUUGAUAAAGGCUUACGUGAAGGCCAAAAUUUAUGACCCAAAUAUUUUGAGAAGGAUGAUUCUAGGAGGGGCGAGGCCUGAUUCUGAAACCUAUAGCUUAUUGAAACUUGCUGAACAGUUUCAAAUCAGAAGAUAAACUUGUAUGACUGAUAAAUUUUAUUUAUUCUUUAUUGACUGAUUCUUCUUGUAGAAAUAUCAUAGAUUUUUUUAAUGUAUUAUUGUUGUAGUUGAAGAAAAUAUGAUAAACAAGAUGGAAAAAGUUUGGUAGCAUUAUCGUGUUAAAUAUG